AUGGCUGAGCCAACGGGCAUCAGAAGUAACAGUGGGCGUAUGAGCAGUGGAGGGGCCGGGGGAGUGCGCGUCCCCCAGGAUCCCUCUGUCAAAGCCGGGGUGGUGCUGUCGGAUGAAAGAGUGGACUUCCUUCGGGAGCAGGCCUUCUGUGUGCUGCGUGUGAAGACGGAUAAGUGGAACCGUUUUAUUGCUGCAGAUGAGAAUCAAAAGAUUAUACUGGAUUUUCUGGACCACAUCUUUAGCAGCAGGCUGCUGCUCUUCACUGGUCCUGGAGGGACCCUGCAUGCAGGGGACUCUCAGUCUUCUCCACCAUGGAAGACGAAGCUCCUCUGUGUGCUAAAGAGAGGCGUCAAGAGAAUUUCCCGCCAAGACUUCAGACACCAACUGAGGCUGGGAGAAAUACCUGGAUACCCAAUAGAACACCUCCCUGUUGUCAUCUCUGAGGUUCUGGUGUGUGUGCUGUCCAACGGGCUGAACCAUGAGGACUGGCCACAGGUGGUUUCUGAUGACAUCCAUCAACACCUGGAGAGGCUGCGGAGCAAAGUGGUGACUCUGAGAGGCCGAGCUGAAGGAAGAACUCUGCUACCCCUGCCCCUGUGUGUGGAGCGGGCCCAGCCUCAAGAUAUUGUUUUCAGCACAGAUGGAUGGCCACUGGACCAUGGCUUGUUAUACUCUAUAGAAACUUUGAUAGUUCAGUGGUCUGGACAGAUCUGGAAUGUGCUGAAGAAAGACUCAGGCAUGCUCCUGCUACAGGGGGACCACCCAGGCCCCAACGUAGAGCUCCAGUUCUGGGCCAGUCAGAGGGAAAACCUGCUGGGCAUCCAGGCGCAAAUCCAGAGCUCCAAAGUGGAGCGGAUCAUGGAGAUCCUGAGAAGAGUGAAGAGCAGUUACUACGCUGCCUUUAAGGACGUCUGCAUCAAAGUCAACGAGGCUGUGCUGGAAGCAGAGGACAUAGAUCUGUAUUUGCGUCCUCUGAGGAGACAGAUCGCCAACUUAGAGGAGCGAGGUUUCCCCCUGAUGGAAAGUCUGCUGCCGCCUCUUUUGCACACACUUUGCCUCAUCUGGAGUCACUCCAAGUACUACUGCACUUCACAGCGAAUGGUGGUUCUCCUGCGGGAGUUCAGUAACCUGAUCAUUGAAAAGGCUAUUGCGUACCUCAUCCCUGAAGAACUGUUUAAAAUGGAGCUUGAGGAGGGGAUGGAGAGAGUGCAGAUCAGCGUUUCAGUUCUGCGUACCUUCAGGAACCUGUUUUACACCUACCGUCUGCAGAUACCUAAUUACUACAAACCCCACCAGGAAAUAAAGUUGUGGGACUUCCCAGAAACGCUUGUCUUUAAACGUUCGGACUGCAUCAUGGAAAGACUUCUCAUGAUUGAGGAACUCUUUGCAACAGCACUGGAUUUUCUGAAGCUGGAGAAGGUUGAACUGGGUGGAUCAAGAGGAAAAAUCCUCAGCGAGAUGGUCUUCAGCAUGAGCGAGGAGUUUCAUGACUGCUGGCGGACCCUGAGAGAGAGCAAAUAUGAUCCUUUAGACUAUUCUAAUGAUGACUUUGUGCACCACUUCAAACGUUUUGUGGAGCAGUACAGAGAUUUUGACGAAAGGUUGGGGACUGUUCUAAAUAUGGCUUUUCACCACUCACAAAACUUAAAUUCAGCCUUUAAGUUGUUGAAGAUAUUUGGAUCUCUUCUGGAGAGACCCAGGAUUCAGGAGCUGUUUUCUUCAAAUUACACUGUGUUGUUGGACAUGUUCAACCAGGAAAUAAACCACUGUCAGUUAAUACUGGAUCAGCACCGAGAUGGGCUGCAGUCUGGUUGUACAAUCCUUGGAAAAAAUGUGCCUCCAGUGUCGGGGAACCUCAGAUGGUCUCAGGAGCUUCGGAAUCGCAUCCUCACUAACAGGAGCAACUUCUGCCAGCUGGCUCAUGCGCCUCUGGGGUGUGCUGAGGCAGACGAUGUGCUCAGGAAGUGUGAACGUGUUCUGGAGAUUUUGGAAAAGCAAGAUGAGGACCUGUUCGCUGAGUGGACAGAGGGACUGGAGGAAAUCUGCCGAACGCAUCUCAAAGAGCCACUGUUGACGCUGGACACUGACACAGGCCUCUUCCAGGUCAACUUCAGUCCAGCUCUAACAUCUGUGCUGAGGGAGGUCAAAUAUCUGGGCGCGCUGAAGAACCAAAACAUUCCUAAAGCUGCUCUGCAUCUUUACUCCAAACAAGAGAGACUUUGCAUGUAUACACAGACGCUGACCUUGGUGACCCAACAGUACAACAAGCUCCACAGUACCAUCCUGGCUGUGGAGCUGGGGCUGGUGAGAGACGAGCUGGACAGGGUGAGACAACAGAUCAGUCCAGCCCUCCUGGAGUUGACCUGGGCUCAGGAUGACAUUUGGGACUACAUUCAGAGUACGCAAGAACUGGUCAAGAGCCUUUCCGGUCGAGUUGAGAAGAGUAAAGCUAAUGUUGAAGCCAUUCAGGCGCUCAUGGGCAAAUUCAGCAAUCAAGCUUUCAUCACCAGAAAAGCCCAUGACUCUACUCUCCUUAACUUCUCUGAGAUCGAUGAGAGUGUUUCCAAACAACGUGCUCUCAUCAGCAGCACAGGGGAGCAGAUACACAAACUACUGCAGGAGAACCAGUGUCUCCUGGGUGUGGGAGAUGGAGACAGCAGUGAAUGGAGGGCUUACAAAGACCAUGUGGACAGGAUGAUUGUCUCCGGCUUCUCUAGCGCUGUCCGCUGCUCCCUGCAGUACUUCAUGGACAACACUGACGCAGCUCGCUCUAUUACACCGCUGUUUGAAAUUAAGCUGGUACUGAACAGCAAUGAGGUGACCUUUGACCCUUCACUGGACUUGAACCACGGGAGUAACUUCUAUGAUAUUGUGGAUAAAAUGGUGGCCAGCAUCACAAACAUUGCAUCCUUUAUUCCCAGAGUGGCAACACACACGCAGCUGAAUGACUAUCAGUGUGACAUAAAUGAAAUGGAGGAUUUAUCAGAGAUGCGUCAUGUCAUUUGUUCACGGGCGCGUGCGUCUGUUGCUAAGGUCAAGGAGUACCAGGCUUCAUUUUCCAGCUACCGCUACCUUUGGACUGACGACAGGUCUGAGUUUAUGAGGCAGUUUCUGCUCUAUGGUCAUGUGUUAAGCACGGAGGAAGCCGAACUUUAUGCUGAUUAUGAGCUGAAAAAGAAUCCACCCACCCUGAGCAACUUUAAAGAUCAAAUCAAUCUCUUUGAGUCUCUUUAUGUGCGAGUGAGCAAGAUGGAGGACAAGAAGGUGUUUAGCGGCUGGCUGCAGCUGGACAUUAGACCCUUCAAGCACACACUGAUGAACGUGAUCAAGAGGUGGAGCUGGAUGUUUAAAGAGCAUCUUCUCAACCACGUCAACCUGAGUGUGAGGGAAUUGGCUUGUUUUCUCGAGGACACAGCCAUUGGUCUUUCUACGAAGGUGUCAGAUGGGGAUUAUGCAGGUCUGGUGAGCAUAAUGGGGCACCUCAUGGCCAUACGAAAUAGACAGAUAAGUAAUGAGCAGCACUUUAAGCCGCUCAAGUCGACUGCUGAACUCCUCAAAUCCUAUGGACAGCAACUUCCAGAGAGUGUCUACACACAGCUCGAGGAGCUGCCUGAAAAGUGGAAAAGUCUCAAAAAAAUCGCUUUCACUGUCAAACAUGAGGUGGCACCUCUGCAGUCUAAUGAAGUUUCAGUUAUAAGGAGGAAAUGCGUUCGCUUUGAGGUGAAGCAGCAUGAGUUCAGGGAACAUUUUCGUGCUGAGUCGAUCUUUAGGAUCGAUGUGGAGAAGCCAUACAAACUAAUUAAUAAGUGUAAUCGAUCAGUGGCAGCGAUGGAGAUGGAAAUGAAGAGGCUGCAGGACACGGCUGCUCUGUUUGAGGUCAGCUUCCCCGAGUACAAACAGCUGCGCCAGUGUCGCUUGGACAUCAUCCUGGUCAAAGCUGUCUGGGACAUGAUCAUCUUUGUGAGGACGAGCAUAAAAGACUGGACCAAGACUCCAUGGAAUGAGAUCAACGUGGAGCAGAUGGACAUGGAGCUCCGGCGGUUUGCUAAAGAAAUUAAGGUGCUAGAUAAGGAAGUGCGAGCGUGGGACGUCUACACUGGUCUGGAAUCGACAGUGAAAAACCUGUUGACCUCUUUGAGAGCUGUCAAUGAGCUGCAAAACUCUGCCAUCAGGGAGAGACACUGGCAGCAGCUGAUAAACGCCACAGGGGUCAGGUUUGUGAUGGGGGAGGACACCACACUGGGGGACCUGCUGGAAUUACAGCUUCAUCGAGUGGAGGAUGAGGUCAAAAACAUUGUGGACAAAGCUGUGAAAGAAAUGGGCAUUGAGAAGGUUUUAGCAGAAAUAACCCAGACCUGGAACGUUAUGGCUUUGUCAUAUGAGACUCACACAAGCACUGGAACUCCUUUACUAAAAGCUGAUGAGAAUUUAAUUGAAACUCUCGAGGACAACCAAGUGCAGCUGCAGAACAUCCUGAUGAGUAAGUACGUGGAGUAUUUCCAACUAGAAGUGAGUGGAUGGCAGAGGAAGCUGAUGGUGGCUGACCUGGUCAUCUCCUCCUGGAUGUGUGUCCAGAGGACGUGGGCCCACCUUAACAGCAUCUUCACAAACAGUGAUGACAUCCGCUGCCAGCUGGCCCAUGAUGCUGAGCUCUUCCAGGGAAUACACACUGACUUUCAGACACUGAUGAGUGAGGUGGUGCAGAACAGUAACGUGGUAGACGUAACCAACACGCCUGGCUUCCAGGAGAGCCUGGAAGCCUUACAGCAGAGGCUGUCUGUGUGUGAGAAGUCCCUGGCUGAGUAUCUGGAGACGAAGAGACUCACUUUCCCCAGAUUUUAUUUUGUUUCUGCCUCAGACCUGUUAGAGAUCGUCUCCAAGGGAACACAGCCCAAACAGGUGACCAGGCACUUACUGAAGCUGUUUGACAACAUAGCAGAUCUCCGCUUCAAGGACUUGGACGGGCCUGGAGGAGGGGAGGAGGAUGGGGUGGCCGUUGCUAUGGGGAUGUACAGUCGAGAAGGAGAAUAUGUUUCUUUCUCUGAACCAUGCACUUGUGAAGGACAGGCUGAGAGUUGGUUGGGUGCCAUAGAGCACACCAUGCGUUGUACGGUUCAGAAAGAGAUACAGGAAGCUGUCGCUGCCUACGAAGACAAACCACGAGACCAGUGGCUCUUUGAUUACCCUGCACAGGUAUCAUUGACUGGCAGUCAGGUGUGGUGGGCCACAGAUGUUGGAAUUGCAUUUGCGAGGGUGGAGGAAGGAUUUGAAACUGCUCUCAAAGACUACAAUAGAAAACAGAUCACGCAGCUCAACUCACUGAUUCACAUGCUGCUCGGAGAUUUAACUCCUGGAGACAGACAGAAGAUCAUGACCAUAUGCACCAUUGAUGUCCACGCUCGAGACGUGGUCGCCAACCUUAUUUCUCAAAAGGUGACGACAGGACAGGCAUUUGCGUGGCUGUCUCAGUUACGUCACCGCUGGGAUGAAGAAAGCCGGCACUGUUAUGUUACCAUCUGUGACGCCCAGUUCCAGUUUGGCUAUGAAUACCUGGGAAACACGAACAGACUGGUCAUCACUCCACUCACUGACAGGUGUUACAUAACUCUGACCCAGUCUCUCCAUCUGACAAUGAGCGGUGCUCCAUCUGGCCCAGCUGGUACCGGCAAAACAGAGACCACUAAGGACCUUGGACGCUCCCUGGGCAUCAUGGUGUAUGUGUUCAACUGCUCAGAACAAAUGGACUACAAGUCUAUUGGUAACAUAUAUAAGGGUCUGGCUCAGACGGGAGUGUGGGGUUGCUUCGAUGAAUUUAACAGGAUCUCAGUGGAUGUUCUAUCUGUUGUCGCUGUGCAAGUCAAGACCAUACAAGAUGCUAUACGCAACAAAAAACAGAGGUUUCAUUUUCUGGGCGAAGACAUUGAGCUGAAACCAACGGUGGGGAUCUUCAUCACUCUGAACCCUGGUUAUGCUGGCAGAGCCGAGCUCCCAGAAAAUCUAAAAGCUCUAUUCAGGCCCUGUGCGAUGGUAAUCCCAGACUUUGAGUUAAUUUGUGAGAUCAUGUUGGUGGCUGAAGGCUUCAUUGAUGCACGUCUGCUGGCACGCAAGUUUAUCAGCCUCUACACUUUGUGCAAGGAGCUGCUAUCUAAACAGGAUCAUUAUGAUUGGGGUUUGCGUGCUAUAAAGUCAGUCCUGGUUGUUGCUGGGUCACUGAAGCGAGAAGAUCGCAGCAGACCUGAAGAACAGGUGCUCAUGCGAGCACUGAGGGACUUCAACCUGCCGAAGAUAGUGACCAGUGACGUGCCCAUAUUCCUUGGACUGAUCAGUGACCUGUUUCCUCAGCUGGAUGUGCCCAGAAAGAGAGACCCCACUCUGGAAAAUGCUGUCCGUCAGUCAGUCAGUGAGCUGCGCCUACAACCUGAGGAAAACUUUAUACUGAAGGUGACUCAGCUGGAGGAGCUGCUGGCUGUCAGACAUUCUGUUUUUAUUGUAGGUGGGCCGGGCACAGGAAAGAGUCAGAUUUUGAAGACCCUCUACAGAACUUAUUCUAACAUGAAGAUGAAGCCCUUAUGGAACGAUAUUAACCCCAAAGCUGUUACUACAGACGAGCUUUUUGGAUAUCUGCACCCAGCUACCAGAGAGUGGAAAGACGGUCUGUUCUCCUCUCUGAUGAGAGAGCUGACCUCAGUUAUCCAUGAUGGGCCCAAAUGGAUUGUUCUAGAUGGGGAUAUCGACCCUAAGUGGAUUGAGUCUCUCAACACGGUUAUGGAUGACAACAAAGUUCUGACUCUUGCUAGCAAUGAAAGGAUCAGCUUGUCGUCCUCCAUGCGUCUGCUCUUUGAGAUCUCUCAUCUAAGGGCUGCUACCCCGGCGACAGUGUCCAGGGCAGGAAUACUUUACGUCAACCCACAGGACCUUGGCUGGAGCUCUUACGUAGCAAGCUGGAUUGACACUCGCCAGGCCCAAUCAGAGCGAGCCAACCUCACCAUUUUGUUUGACAAGUAUGUGCCGUACUGUUUGGAACAGGUCCGCUGCAACCUGAAAACCAUCACUCCCAUUCCAGAAAACAGCAUGGUCCAGACACUGUGCUCCUUGCUGGACUGCCUGUUGACGGAGGACAACACUCCUGCUGACUCCCCCCGAGAACUUUAUGAGCUCUACUUUGUCUUCGCCUGCGUCUGGGCUUUUGGAGGGGCUCUCUUCCAGGAUCAUCUGAAUGACUACCGUUCCGAAUUCAGCCGCUGGUGGUCCAAAGAGAUGAGGGCCGUGAAGUUUCCUUCUCAGGGCACAGUUUUUGACUAUUUCAUCGACUCUGAGAGCAAAAAGUUUAUACCCUGGAGUGAGAAGAUGGUGCCAUUCGAGUUAGAGCCUGACGUCCCAUUGCAGACUGUGCUGGUCCACACCCCAGAAACCCUAUGUCUAACCUACUUCAUGGACCUGCUGCUUCAGAGAGGCAAACCUGUCAUGUUAGUGGGCAAUGCAGGGGUGGGUAAAACCAUCCUGGUGGCUGAUAAAGUCACCAAACUAAAGGAGGACUUCAUGGUGUCGAAAGUACCCUUUAACUACUACACCACAUCAGCCAUGCUGCAACGUGUCCUGGAGAAACCUUUGGAGAAGAAAGCUGGUCGUAAAUUUGCUCCUCCUACUGGCAAGAGACUCAUCUACUUCAUAGAUGACCUCAACAUGCCAGAGGUGGAUGUUUAUGGGACUGUUCAGCCACACACACUCAUCCGCCAACAGCUCGACUACAGCCACUGGUAUGACAGACAAAGGCUGGUCCUGAAGGAAAUCUAUAACUGUCAGUACAUCACCUGUAUGAACCCUACGGCAGGAAGCUUCUCCAUCAACCCCAGACUACAGAGGCAUUUCUCUGUGUUUGCAGUGCAUUUCCCUGGUGCUGAUGCUUUAGCUACCAUCUUCUCCAGCAUCUUGUCUGCUCACUUCCUUCAGGGAGGAUUCAGCUACGGAGUCUCACGCUCAGUUGGAACUCUCAUACAGGCAGCUAUCUGCCUGUACCAAAAGAUCAGCCAGAACUUCCUCCCAACAGCCAUACGCUUCCACUACAUCUUCAACCUGCGAGACCUUGCCAACAUAUUCCAGGGCAUCCUCUUUGCCCUGCCGGAGAGUAUCCGUUACCCCAUGGACCUGGUUCACCUGUGGCUCCAUGAGAGCUCCAGAGUUUACUCUGACAAACUGAUGGAGGAGAAGGAUGUGGAGCUCUUCAAUAAAAUCCUGAUGGACACUGGGAAAAGAUAUUUUGAGGGAAUAGAUGACUCCAUCUUUAUUCAUCAACCUUUGGUGUACUGCCACUUUGCCCAGGGAAUAGGAGAGCCACGCUAUCACCAGGCUUCAGACUGGGAGAAGCUCCAGAAAACACUGGCUGAGGUCCUGGAGCAUUACAAUGAGCUCCACGCUGUCAUGGACCUGGUUCUGUUCGAAGAAGCCAUCCAGCAUAUUUGUCGGAUCAGUCGCAUCCUAGAGGCCCCUUAUGGUAACGCCCUGCUGGUGGGGGUUGGGGGCAGUGGGAAGCAGAGUCUGUGUCGGCUGGCUGCUUUCCUGAGCUCGCUGGAGGUUUUCCAGAUAACGCUGCGAAAAGGCUACGGCAUCAAUGAUCUGAAGAGCGAUAUAGCAGCGCUGUACAUAAAAGUGGGCGUUAAGAACAUUGGGACUGUGUUCCUUCAUACAGACGCUCAGAUUCCAGAUGAGCGCUUCCUGGUGCUCAUCAACGAUAUGCUGGCUUCAGGGGAUAUUCCUGACCUGUUUAAUGAUGAAGAAGUGGAUAUGAUUGUAGCGUCAAUCCGUAUGGAGCUGAAGGGAUUAGGACUCGUAGAUAGCCGAGACAACUGCUGGCGUUUCUUCAUUGAACGGAUAAGAAGACAACUUAAGGUGGUCUUGUGUUUCUCACCAGUCGGAUUUACGUUGCGCACACGUGCCAGGAAGUUUCCCGCUCUAGUUAAUUGCACUGCUAUAGACUGGUUUCACCCCUGGCCUCACCUCGCUCUGCAGUCCGUCAGCUCUACGUUCAUCGAGAAGAUACCUGGGCUUGAGCAAAAAGUAAGGGCAUCCAUCAGUGAGUUCAUUUCCUACGCCCACACGAGUGUCAAUGAGGUGAGUGUGAAGUAUCAGCAGAAUGAGAAGCACUUCAACUACACCACGCCAAAGAGUUUCCUUGAGUUCAUGAAGCUGUACGACAACCUGCUGAGGAAAAAACGCACCGAACUAAACCAGAAAAUGGACAGAAUAGAGAAUGGACAGCAGAAACUGAAGAAUACUGCAUCACAGGUGGAGGAUCUCAAAGCCAAGUUAGCAGUGCAGGAGGUGGAGCUGUGGCAGAGGAAUGAAGAGAUCGAAGCUCUCCUCGCUAAGAUAGGACAGCAGACGGACAAGGUCAACCAAGAGAGAGCUGUGGCUGAUGAAGAGGAGCAGAAGGUGGAAGCAAUUCAAGCUAAAGUGACAAAACAACAACAGGAGACAGAGGAGGACUUGGCCAAAGCUGAACCUGCCCUGCAGGCAGCCAACACGGCUCUUAACACUCUAAACAGGCUGAACCUUACAGAGCUGAGGGCGUUUCCCAACCCUCCCGCUAUUGUCACCAACGUCUCAGCGGCUGUUCUGGUGCUGCUGUCUCCCCAAGGCCGAAUCCCCAAAGAUCGCAGCUGGAAAGCCUCCAAGAUGGUUAUGAGCAAGGUGGAUGACUUCCUGCAAGCUCUGGUGAACUUUGACAAAGAGCACAUCCCUGAGGCCACAGUGAAGUGUGUGAGAGACGACUACCUCAGCGACCCUGAGUUCAACCCUGAGUUUGUGCGACAGAAGUCGUCGGCCGCUGCAGGUCUCUGUGCCUGGGUGAUCAACAUCAUCCGCUUCCACAAGGUGUUGUGUGAGGUGGAGAUGAAGAGGAUGAGUCUGUCUCAGGCUAACGCAGAUUUGGCUGAAGCUGCGGAGAAACUAGAGGUCAUCAGGAAAAAACUUGCAGAGCUGGACAUUAACCUGGAGACUCUGACAACAGCAUUUGAGAAAGCUACAGCAGAGAAACUGCGCUUUCAGGAAGAGGUCAACAGAACCAACAAGACAAUAGAGCUAGCUAAUCGGCUGGUCAAAGGACUGGAGAGUGAGAACGUACGCUGGGCCCACUCUGUGGCUCAGUAUCACGAACAGGAGGCAACUCUCUGCGGAGACGUUCUGCUGACUGCAGCUUUCAUCUCCUACGCCGGCUCUUUCUCCAAGAAAUACAGGAGAGAGCUGCUGGACAACCUCUGGAUGCCUUUCCUCCGCAACCAAAAGGUUCCUAUUCCCAUGAUGUUUGGUUUGGACCCAGUGUUGAUGCUGACUGAUGAUGCUACGGUGGCACAGUGGAACAACGAAGGCUUACCUGGAGACAAAAUGUCCACUCAGAAUGCUACCAUCCUCACCAACUGUGAGCGCUGGCCUCUACUCAUUGACCCUCAGCUGCAGGGCAUCAAGUGGAUCAAGAGUCGCCAUGGUAACACUCUCAAGGUUGUCAACCUGGGACAGAGAGGAUAUGUCGACGUUAUUGAGCAGGCUGUGGUAGCAGGAGACACUGUGCUGAUCGAAAACCUCGAGGAGACAAUUGACCCCGUUAUUGACCCUCUUCUGGGGCGGCACACAAUCAAGAAGGGCAGCUGCAUAAAGGUCGGAGACAAAGAGUGUUUAUUCCAUCCAGGCUUCAGACUGAUUCUUCACACCAAACUGGCCAAUCCUCACUACAAACCAGAGAUUCAGGCCCAGACCACCCUUAUUAACUUCACAGUGACCAGAGAUGGGCUGGAGGACCAGCUCCUGGCCCAGGUGGUGAACCAGGAGAGACCGGACCUCGAACAGCUAAAGAGUGAACUGACCAAACAGCAGAACAUGUUUAAGAUUGAGCUGAAGCUCCUGGAGGACGAGCUGCUAACCCGACUGUCCGCAGCACAAAGUAACUUCCUCGGUGACACCAUGCUGGUGGAGAAGCUUGAGAGCACCAAGCACACCGCCGCUGAGAUUGAGAUGAAGGUUCUGGAGGCCAAAGUUAAUGAAGUGAAAAUAAACGACGCCAGAGAGCACUAUCGUCCUGUCGCAGUCCGAGCGUCUCUGCUCUACUUCAUCAUGAAUGACCUGAACAAGAUCAAUCCAAUGUACCAGUUCAGCCUCAAGGCCUUUAACGUUGUUUUCCACAAGGCGGUGGAGUUGGCGGAGGCCUGUGAGGACGUGGAGAGCAGAGUAAACACACUCAUAGACCGUGUGACGUACUCCACCUUCAACUACAUCAGCAGGGGGUUGUUUGAGAGGGACAAGCUCACCUUUACAGCUCAGCUAGCCUUCCAGCUCCUCCUGAUGAGCAAGGAAAUAGAAGUGCGAGAACUGGACUUCCUGUUACGUUUCAACAUUGACCACAACUAUGUCAGCCCACUGGACUUUCUCUCCAACUCAGCAUGGAGUGCCAUCAAGGUGAUGAGUUUUACCGAUGAGUUCCGCGGCCUGGACCGGGACAUCGAAGGCUCACCUAAACGCUGGAAGAAACUCGUUGAGUCGGAGUGUCCAGAGAAGGAGAAGUUUCCACAGGAGUGGAAAAGUAAAAGUUCCCUGCAGAAACUGAUCAUGAUGAGGGCUCUGAGACCAGACCGUAUGACCUACGCUCUCAGGAACUUUGUGGAAGAGAAACUUGGGGUGACAUAUACAGAGGGCCGAAAGUCUGAAUUUGCCAAGUCUUUUAAAGAAAGUGGUCCAGCAUCUCUGGUGUUUUUCAUUCUCUCUCCUGGCGUGGACCCACUUAAAGAUGUGGAAUCACUGGGAAGGAAGUUGGGUUUUACUAUAGACCUUGGGAAGCUGCACAACGUCUCCUUGGGACAAGGGCAGGAAACUGUGGCUGAAAUCGCCAUGGAAAAGGCUGCAAAGGAGGGUCACUGGGUUAUACUACAGAACAUCCACCUUGUUGGCCGCUGGUUGGGCGCCCUUGAGAAGCUCUUGGAGCGCUGCUGUGAGGACAGUCAUCCAGACUACAGAGUGUUUAUGAGCGCCGAGCCGGCAUCUUCCCCUCAGGAACACAUCAUACCACAGGGCAUUCUGGAAAAUGCUAUUAAGAUCACAAAUGAACCUCCUACCGGCAUGCAUGCCAAUCUACAUGCUGCUCUGGAUAACUUUGAUCAGGACAUUCUGGACCAGUGCAGCCGUGAGCAAGAGUUCAAGACCAUCCUCUUCUCUCUGUGCUACUUUCACGCCUGUGUGGCUGAAAGGAGGAAGUUUGGACCACAGGGUUGGAACAGAAAGUAUCCGUUCAACACCGGAGACCUGACCAUAUCGGUGAACGUCCUCUACAACUACCUGGAGGCCAACGCACAGGUUCCAUGGGAGGAUCUGAGGUAUCUGUUUGGAGAGAUCAUGUAUGGAGGACAUAUCACUGACGACUGGGACAGGCGUCUCUGCAGGACAUACUUGGAGGAGUACAUGCAGCCCAACCAGUUUGACCGUAAACUUGCACUGGCACCUGGAUUUUUCAUUCCUUCCAAUUUAGACUACAAGGGCUACCAUGACUUCAUUGAUGAGAUGCUGCCUCAUGAAAGCCCAGUGCAUUAUGGGCUGCAUCCAAACGCAGAGAUUGAGUUCCUCACAGUGACGUCAGAUAAUCUUUUUCACACUCUGCUGGAGCUGCAGUCUCCUGACGCUGUGAUGGGAGACGGAGCUUCACAGACGCUGGAGGAGAAGGUGAAAACUAUUUUAGAUGAGGUCAUGGAAAAGCUGCCAGAGGAAUACAACAUGUCUGACAUCACCUCUAAGACGACUGAACGCUCGCCGUACAUCCUAGUCUGCUUUCAGGAAUGUGAGCGCAUGAACGCGCUGAUUUUUGAGAUCCGCCGCUCACUGAAGGAGCUCGACCUGGGACUCAAGGGUGAACUGGCCAUGUCCUCUGAGAUGGAGAAGCUGCAGACGGCCCUGUUCUUUGACAACGUCCCUGACACCUGGGCCAAACUGGCCUACCCUUCUACCUACAGCCUGGCCAUCUGGUACAACGAUGUGAUGCAACGCUGUAAAGAGCUGGACACCUGGACUCAGGACCUGUCUCUGCCCAGUGUUGUCUGGAUAUCUGGACUAUUCAACCCACAGUCCUUCCUCACUGCUGUGAUGCAGUCUCUGGCGCGUAAAAAUGAAUGGCCUCUGGACAAAGUGAAUCUUACUGUGGAUGUAACCAAGAAGUUUAAGGAAGAGUUCAACCAGCCGGCCAGAGAGGGAGCAUACGUGUAUGGACUUUACAUGGAAGGUGCCAGAUGGGACACUCAGACUGGGGUGAUCACUGAGGCUCGUCUGAAAGAGCUGACCCCUGCCAUGCCUGUCAUCUCAGUUCGAGCUGUGCCCAAUGACCGUCAGGAGACCAGGAACAUCUAUGAAUGUCCUCUGUACAAGACCAAGAUCAGAGGCCCCACAUAUGUUUGGACUUUUAGUCUUAAAACCAGAGAGCGGCCGGCCAAAUGGGUCCUGGCUGGUGUGGCCCUGCUGCUCAGUGUAUAA